AUGGAGAGUAAUAGCAAUCAAAGCUCGGUCUCUUUUGUCAAAAUCCCAACGAUUAAGUUCACCAAGCUGUUCAUCAAUGGGGAAUUUGUCGAUGCCGUUUCAGGGAAAACAUUCGAGACAAUAGAUCCGAGAACGGGAGAGAUGAUAGCAAAGGUUGCAGAAGGAGAUAAGGAAGAUGUCGAUUUGGCUGUGAAGGCUGCUCGACAAGCUUUCGACCAUGGCCCAUGGCCUUGCUUGCCAGGCUCUGCAAGAGCAAGAAUAAUGAUGAGAUUUGUGGAUUUAAUUGAGGAAAACGUAGAAGAAUUAGCUGCCCUGGAUACCAUAGAUGCCGGGAAAUUGUUCAGUAUGGGCAAGGCCAUAGACAUUCCUAUGGCAGCAAAGGCCCUUCAGUAUUAUGCAGGUGCAGCUGAUAAGAUUCAUGGAGAAGUACUAAAAAUGUCUCGUGAAUUUCAUGCAUAUACCUUGCGCGAGCCUAUUGGUGUCGCGGGACUCAUCAUCCCCUGGAACUACCCUAGCAUCAUGUUCGUGUGGAGAGUUAGCCCUGCUUUAGCUGCAGGGUGCACCAUGGUUGUCAAACCUGCUGAACAAACUCCUCUCUCUGCUCUCUAUUAUGCUCAUCUUGCUAAGCUGGCUGGUAUCCCUGAUGGAGUGCUCAAUGUUAUAAACGGAUAUGGACCUACGGCUGGGGCAGCCAUUACAUCUCAUAUGGACGUUGAUGCUGUCAGUUUUACCGGCUCCACGGAGGUAGGACGCAAAGUAAUGCAAGCCACAGCAACAAGCAACUUGAAAGUGGUUUCACUUGAAUUAGGAGGCAAGUCACCCCUCAUAAUCUUUGAUGAUGCGGAUGUAGAUAUGGCCGCUCAGCUUGCUAUCUUUGGCAUCCUAUUGAACAAGGUGAAGCUGUUUUCUUUGUUCUGUUAUCUUAAUAAACGUAGCAUUCCUUCUAUAGGCAUAUAUGACGAGGUUGUGAAGAAAUUAGUGGAAAAGGCCAAAGCUUGGGCGGUCGGGGAUCCUUUUGAUCCUAAAGUUCAGCAAGGACCACAGGUCGACAAGAAGCAGUUUGACAAGAUUCUUUCAUACAUUGAACAUGGCAAGAGAGAAGGAGCCACCCUGUUAACAGGGGGUAAGCCCUUAGAUGGGAAGGGAUAUUACAUUGAACCUACGAUUUUCAGUGAAAUUAAGGAAGAAAUGCUUAUUGCAAAGGAUGAAAUAUUUGGGCCUGUUUUGGGGCUGGCAAAGUUCAAUACUGUUGAAGAGGCGAUUAAGAGGGCAAACAGUACUAGAUAUGGACUAGCAGCGGGAAUCGUGACCAAGGACAUCAAUGUGGCUAACACUGUAUCAAGAUCAAUCCGUGCAGGCAGUAUUUGGAUCAACUGCUAUGGUGCUCUCGACUAUGACUGUCCAUUCAGCGGGUAUAAGAUGAGUGGGUUCGGAAGUUGGACUAGAAGCCCUUGACAUUUUUCUUAAAGUCAAGUCGGUUGUAACUCCCCUUUUUAAUACUCCCUGGCUUUGAAUUUAUAAUGUUUGCUACAUAGCAUCAUCAUAACGAUAGUGAUAAAACUU